CAGCAGCUGCGGCGGCUGGUCUCCGCCUGGGCGGGGAAGAGGCGUUCGGCGGCGGUGGCGCGCCCUCGCAGCUGGCCGGCGGCGGCGAGUCCAGCCUUGCCUCUCGGGGCGUUCUGCCGGCGGGGUCGCAGCGUUCGCGGCUGGAAUGGUGCUGGCGCCGGCGUUCGGUGCCUGCGUUCUACGGAGGGAGCAGUCCGAGCGCGGGAGCCGCGAUGGAGAUGCUACUGCUGCAGCCCUUGGGAUGUACCAAGCUGUGCCAUCAGAAGCCUCUGGAUCUGAAAGAUGAUAAUACUGAAAAGCACUGUCCUGUUACAGUGAACCCUUGGCAUAUGAAGAAAGCUUUCAAAGUUAUGAAUGAAUUAAGAAGUCAAAACUUGCUAUGUGAUGUAACAAUAGUAGCAGAAGAUAUGGAAAUUGCAGCUCAUAGAGUUGUGUUAGCCGCUUGCAGUCCGUACUUCCAUGCCAUGUUUACAGGUGAAAUGAGUGAAAGUCAGGCAAAGAGAGUUCGAAUAAAAGAAGUGGAUGGCUGGACUCUGAAGAUGCUCAUUGAAUAUGUUUACACUGCUGAAAUUCAGGUUACAGAAGAAAAUGUACAGGUCCUUCUCCCGGCAGCUAGUUUGUUGCAGUUACAGGAUGUAAAGAAGAGUUGCUGUGAUUUUCUGGAAACCCAGCUUCAUCCUGUCAACUGCCUGGGCAUUCGUGCUUUUGCUGACAUGCAUGCAUGCACAGACCUACUGAACAAGGCCAACAUAUAUGCAGAACAGCACUUCACUGAGGUUGUACUUGGUGAGGAAUUUCUGAAUCUCGGCGUAGAGCAGGUGUGCAGCUUAAUAUCAAGUGACAAACUCACAAUUGCAUCAGAAGAAAAGGUAUUUGAAGCAGUGAUAGCUUGGGUCAACCAUGACAAAGAUGUGAGACAAGAGCUUAUGGCACGUCUCAUGGAACACGUCCGCCUGCCAUUGCUCUCCCGAGAGUAUUUGGUUCAGAGAGUUGAAGAGGAAGCGCUAGUUAAAAACAGCAGUGCAUGUAAGGAUUACCUCAUUGAAGCAAUGAAGUACCAUUUGUUGCCACUUGAGCAAAGAGCUUUGAUGAAGAGUACGCGGACCAGACUAAGAACACCUGCCAGUCUCCCAAAACUGAUGAUGGUGGUUGGAGGACAGGCGCCAAAGGCCAUCCGCAGUGUGGAAUGUUAUGAUUUUAAAGAAGAACGCUGGCACCAAGUUGCUGAACUACCUUCCAGAAGAUGUAGAGCAGGAGUAGUCUAUAUGGGUGGGCUGGUCUUUGCUGUUGGUGGUUUCAAUGGUUCAUUGAGAGUUCGCACAGUGGAUUCAUAUGAUCCCGUGAAGGAUCAAUGGACAAGUGUUGCUAAUAUGCAAGACAGAAGAAGCACUUUAGGAGCUGCUGUAUUAAAUGGGCUUCUGUAUGCUGUCGGAGGAUUUGACGGCAGUACAGGUUUAUCCUCAGUAGAAGCCUAUAAUAUGAAGACUAAUGAGUGGUUUCAUGUGGCUCCAAUGAAUACGAGGAGAAGUAGUGUUGGUGUAGGUGUAGUUGGAGGCAUGCUGUAUGCAGUUGGUGGCUAUGAUGGUGCAUCACGUCAGUGCCUUAGUACAGUGGAGUGCUAUAACUAUAGUACAAAUGAAUGGACCUACGUUGCAGAAAUGGGCACUAGGCGUAGUGGAGCAGGUGUUGGUAUCUUAAACAACUGUUUGUAUGCUGUAGGAGGACAUGAUGGUCCUCUAGUUAGGAAAAGUGUUGAAGUGUAUGAUCCCACUGUCAAUACAUGGAAACAGGUUGCAGAUAUGAAUAUGUGCAGGAGAAAUGCAGGAGUUUGUGCUGUGAAUGGGCUCUUAUAUGUAGUCGGAGGAGAUGAUGGUUCUUGUAACUUGGCAACAGUGGAAUAUUAUAACCAAACCACAGAUAAGUGGACAGUUGUAUCAUCUUGUAUGAGUACAGGAAGGAGCUAUGCAGGUGUAACAGUUAUUGACAAACCAUUGUGAGUUGGAGAGAUUUUACCUUGAUUGUGCACUAGAAGAAAGCUUCAGCGUUAUUGAAGUGAAUAAGCAUUAAAGCGCUUCUCAAGUUAUAGCUGCACAUUGAGCAUGUUGGAAGCUGUGAUCUACCAUUAAAGACGGAAAUGAAGAUUAUUCUAGGUUGAAGCAAUGUGCAAUAAUGCUUUAUUUGACAUUAAGCCACAUCUGAUUGAGAUGUAGCAAAGAUAUAUGGACCACAGUUCUUCGUUGGAUCUCUGGGCAAAAUUCCUUUAAGGACCAGUCUUGUCUGUUAUGGUUGAAUCUGGAUUUUUUAAAAUCUGGAUUUUAAAUUGAAUCUGGAUUUUUUUUUAAAAAAAGUGAAAGAUAAAGUGGUUUGUCCUGUGUCUUUUUUUCCCAAAGAAAAAGAGAAAUAUCCAUGAACGGCAGGUUUUCAGAAACAGUGUUGAAUCCUUACUCAAUACUACAACUGGCAUGAGAACCUGGUUGCUUUUUGGGGUGGGGAGGAAUACUCUUUGGUUACAUAACUAUUGUCUGCAUAUUAAAUGUGCAAGUAGCUUUCCUUUAUACCUGUUUGAAAUAUCAUGAUUCUCUUUAUAAUUGGGACAGUACUUUGAAGUAUGCCAGUACUGUGUUGUAAAAUAGAAGUGUAUAUUUUGAUAUUAAUUGAUGCUUUAACAAUAAUGCCACUUGCAGAAAAGAUACAGUGCUCCUGAAAUAAGUAUAAUUUCAAAAUGUUUUUUAAGUUUACUAAUUAUCUUUGUUUACUAUUUUUUUUGUUUUUGUUUUGAUGUAUACUGUCAUUAAGUUUAAUAUGCAGCAUGACCAUAAUUACAGGUUUUUAACGAAUGUAUGGAGUUCUGUUUUACUUGCAUGGCAUUUAAAAGGUUCAGUGUAAUUCUAGCUGCUAUUGAAGACUACAUACUGUAUGUGAACAUGUUUGUAAAGAAAUGGCAUUUUGAUUCCUGGAUGCUUUAAAUAUGACCAAAAUUAUUGUCAUUUUGACGUAUUUUCUUUAAUAAAACUUUGCAUAUUUUUUUUCUUAAA